AUACAUAGAAAGAGCAGACGAGCUGAAUGAGACGCAGAUUCACUCUCUGCCAGCAGGUGGCGCUUUAAGCGUUUCCUUGGUUUCCGCUGUAAACAAAGCAGCGCUGCACUUAUGAACUUUAAUAUGCAUUAUACAGAGGCAAGAUGAGAAGAAAAAUACCAUCUAAACUUUUCUAAAGACAGUAAGUUCCCCUCAGACAUGCAUUCAUAUAAACUACCCUAAUUGAAUCGCGAUUUGUUUCGCAUCUCAACCGAUUUGAAUCGUCACAUAUUUGAAUCGAUUUUCAACCGGCUCGCGGUUAAUCGUUACAUCCCUACUUCUGUUACAUAUCACUGAAUCCACACCAGCCAGGGGAUGAAUCUGCUGAAGAAGUUUGAGUGUCUGUAUGAAGCAACAGCAAAGCAGGGAAACCCAACACUCCUGAAUGAAAUCUACACAGAGCUCUACAUCACAAAGUGUGAAAGUGGAGAGAUCAGUAAUGAGCAUGAGGUGAGACAGAUUGAGACACAAUCCAGGAGAGCAGCAAAAGAGGACACAUCAAUCAAAUGCAACGACAUCUUUAGACCUUUACCUGGACAAGACAAAGCCAUCAGAACUGUGCUGACAAAGGGAGUCGCUGGCAUUGGAAAAACAGUUUCUGUGCAGAAGUUCAUUGUGGACUGGGCUGAAGGGAAAGAGAAUCAGGAAAUCCAUCUCAUAUUUCCACUUCCAUUCAGAGAGCUCAACUUGAUGAAGGACAAAACACUCAGUGUUUCAAAUCUUCUACAUGUCUUUUCCCCUGAAACCAAAGAAAUAGAAAUAUUCAGUGAUAAAUAUAAAGUGUUGUUAAUCUUUGAUGGUCUGGAUGAGUGUGGUCUGUCUCUGGAUUUUCAGAGUGAUGUGAGGUUGUGUGAUGUAAGUGAAUCAGCUUCAGUGGAUGUGCUGCUGACAAACAUCAUUGCAGGGAAUCUGCUUCCCUCUGCUCUCAUCUGGAUCACCUCCAGACCAGCAGCAGCUAAUCUCAUCCCCUCUGAGUGUGUUCAUCGUGUGACAGAGGUACGAGGCUUCAAUGAUCCACAGAAGGAGGAAUACUUCAGGAAGAGAAUCAGUGAUCAGAGUCUGGCCAACAGGAUCAUCUCACACCUGAAGUCAUCAAGGAGCCUCUACAUCAUGUGCCACAUCCCAGUGUUCUGCUGGAUCUCAGCCACUGUUCUAGAGAAGAUGUUGAGUGAAGCAGAGAGUGGAGAGAUUCCCAAGACUCUCACUCAAAUGUACACACACUUCCUGAUCAUUCAGACCAACAUCAGAAAUGAGAAGGACUAUGAGAAGAAAGUCAAAGAUGAAGACAUGAUUCUCAAACUGGGGAAACUGGCUUUUCAGCAGAUUGUGAAAGGCAACCUGAUCUUCUAUGAGGAAGACCUGAGAGAGUGUGGCAUUGAUGAGACAGAAGCAUCAGUGUACUCAGGAUUGUGCACUCAGAUCUUCAGAGAGGAGUUUGGCCUGUAUCAGGGGAAAGUCUUCUGCUUUGUUCAUCUGAGCAUUCAGGAACAUCUAGCAGCUCUAUAUGUGCAUCUGUCUUUUACAAAUGAUGAUAUCAAUGCAUCUGACCAAACCAAACAAAGUCCCUUCUCCAAAACUUUAAUGCAGACGAAAUAUAAGUCAGUAUAUCACCUGCAUAAAACAGCUGUAAAUAAUGCCUUAAAGAGUAAGAAUGGACAAUUGGAACUUUUCCUGCGUUUCCUUCUGGGUUUCUCAAUUGAGUCCAAUCAGACUCUCUUACAAGAACUACUGACACAGACAGGAAGCUGCUCCUACAACAAAGAGAAAACAAUUCAGUUCAUCAAGCAGAAGAUCAGGGAGAAUCCCUCUCCAGAGAGAUCCAUCAAUCUGUUUCACUGUCUGAAUGAACUGGGUGAUGAUUCACUGAUGCAGGAGAUCCAACAUUAUCUGAAAUCUGGAAAAAUAAGAGAAACCAAACUCUCCUAUUCACAGUGGUCAGCUCUGGUUUAUGUGUUGCUGACAUCAGAGCAGAAGAUGGAUGUUUUUGAUCUAAAACUUUUUUUUGGAGCCCAAAAUACAGCAGAUGAAGUUCUUCAGAAGCUGCUGCCUGUGGUUAAAGAAUCCAGAUUUGCUCAAUUGUGUAAGUGUGGUGUGACAGAUAAAGGUUGUGCUGCUCUGGCUUCAGCUCUGAGAUCAAACCCCUCACACCUGAGAGAACUGCAUCUGUCACUGAAUGAACUAGGAGACUCAGGAGUGAAGCUGCUCUCUGAUAUACUGAAGGAUCCUCACUGUAAACUGGAGAUACUGUGGUUGAAUCAUUGUGGUGUUACAGAUGAAGGUUGUGCUGCUCUGGCUUCAGCUCUGAGAUCAAACUCCUCACACCUGAGAGAACUGGAUCUGUCUGGAAAUAAAGUAAGAGUGUCAGGAGUGAAGCUGCUCUCUGAUCUGCUUAAGGAUCCUCACUGUAAACUGGAGAAACUGUGGCUGUCUUAUUGUGGAGUCACAUAUAAAGGUUCUGCUACUCUGACUUCAGCUCUGAGAUCAAACCCCUCGAACCUGAGAGAACUGGAUCUGUCAUGGAAUAAACUAGGAGACAAAGGAGUGAAUCUGCUCUCUGAUCUACUAAAGGAUCCUCAUUGUAAACUGGAAAGACUUUGGUUGAGUUAUUGUGGAGUCACAGAUGAAGGUUGUGCUGCUCUGGCUUCAGCUCUGAGAUCAAACCUCUCACACCUGAGAGAACUGAAUCUGACUGGAAAUAAACUAGGAGGACCAGAAGUGAAUCUGCUCUCUGAUGGACUGAAGGAUCCUCGCUGUAAACUGGAGAAAUUGUGGUUGAGGGAUUGUGGAGUCACAGAUGAAGGUUGUGCUGCUCUGGAUUCAGCUCUGAGAUCAAACCCCUCACACCUGAGAGAACUGGAUCUGAACUAUAAUAGCAUAGGAAACACAGGAAUUAAUCUGCUUUCUGCUGGACUAAAAGAUGUUCAUUGUAGACUGGAGAAACUGACGUUGAAUCAUUGUGGUGUCGCAGAUGAAGGUUGUGCUGCUCUGGCUUCAGCUCUGAGAUCAAACCCCUCACACCUGAGACACUUGGAUCUCUCUGGAAAUGAAAUGGGAGGUUUUGGAGUAAAGCAGCUUUCUGAUCUACUGCAGGAUCCUCUUUGUGAACUGAAAAUACUGAGGUUGAGUUAUUGUGGAGUCACAGAUGAAGGUUGUGCUGCUCUGGCUUCAGCUCUGAGAUCAAACCCCUCACACCUGAGUGAACUGAAUCUGUCUGGAAAUAAACCAGGAGCAUCAGGAGUGAAGCUGCUCUCGGAUCUACUGAAGGAGCCUCAAUGUAAACUGGCAAAACUGGGGUUGAGGUGGUAUGGCAUCACAGAUGAAGGUUUUGUUGCUGUGGCUUCAGAUUUGAGAUCAAUCUCCUCACACCUGAGAGAACUAAAUCUGACUGGAAAUAAUCUACAAGCAUCAGGAGUGAAUCUGCUCUCUGCUGGACUGAAAGAUCCUCACUGCAAACUGGAAACACUGUGGGCAACAGGUUAAGUUUUGGACUUUUGGAUGACUGGACUGACUGCUUGGCAUGGUAGAGUCGCCACCAUACAGGAGAGUGAAGGAGAUGAGGUUUGAGGAGUCAUAGUGGAGGAUAGACAACCAAAACCAGUUUAGACAGGUUUUGUGUUUAGGGGCUCAACAGAAAGGCUUGCCUCAAAACUACAUACAGAGCUUCUGGCACUGGAGACAAACAACUACAGCAGCAUUUCCAUAUUGGAUCAGAUUACAGACAUUGAGAAAUGACCUGUUUUUUAAAAGCCUUAUCAAAUCAGUUAAGACCCAGACAUUAACUCAACAUAAAGCACAUUUUAUGAUGGGUUGAAAACUGAACAACGGAUACACAGAUUGUCACAAACAGCUAAUAUGUAAAAUGUGGUACCAGUAUAAUAGUCACUUAUGACUUUGUUUUGACAAAAACAAACAUGUUACACAAACAUGCAUGUGUGAUGAUCACUUUGGGUUUGUGUCUGCUGAUUCUGUUGAAUGUCUUUAGAGGCUCUUUAUUCACCGUCAGCUGAUCCAGAGAAGGCCAGACUAAUAUCUAAAAACACAGUCAAAUGUGCAAAAGAAAAAAAAAUCAAUGCAUUAUUCACUUUAGAACUAACUAUUUGCUUAGAGAGAGAUAAUAUAACUGUUUUAA